AAUGCUGUAAACUGCAGAAUGUCAAAUUUGUGUACAGGAAUUUCAGGAGUAGUUCUGUGAUUUCUGCUGUGAACUGAAUAAUUAACAAAAUAAUUGAAUCGAUUUUACAAUAAAGUGUUUAUACACCAUUUUCGUUGGAUUUAUGGUUUACCAAUGGAUUAAUAGUAUAGAUUUUCUCAAUAGAUAAAAUUGUACUCUCCUAAUUAAAUUAAUUAAUUAUGUAAGUCGGAAAGUCGAGUAAACACUUUGUCGUCAAAUUCUAGUCCAGAACCAAAACCAAAUACAAGAUGCUGCCCCGCAUUUGUAUAAAAUUCAAGCUAAAGUACAUCGUCUCGGUGGCAAUAACCGUCCUACUCUUGGACUACUUUGGAGCUUUCACACACAUGUUCGAAGCGGACUUUGAGCGAACUUUCAGUUACCCCAUGGAAGGGGACAUCCUCUCUAAUGUGUACCAAUUGCGACAUGGACAACGACCAGCGGUAGAUCCAAUUAACGUAUAUAACUUUUCCUACAUAACGGAUUGCCAGCACAAGUGCAAGGAAGACGAUAGGCUUAUAGCCCCUCGACUGGUGCUGAUAGUGAAGUCCGCUAUUGAGAAUUUUGACAGACGGGUGGCGAUUCGGAAAAGUUGGGGCUGGGAAAAGCGUUUUUCGGAUGUAAAAAUAAGAACCAUAUUUGUGCUGGGGCGCCCAGCAGAACCGGACAGAAGGCUACAAUCUUUGAUUGAUCUCGAGUAUGCCAACUAUCGCGAUAUUGUCCAGGGAGAUUUUGUUGACGCGUACUUCAACAACACAAUCAAAACUAUGAUGGGCUUCCGGUGGGCGGUGAGCUACUGCCCACGUGCAAAAUUUUACAUGUUUGCCGAUGAUGAUUUUUACAUUUCUUCAAAGAACUUACUAAAAUAUGUUCGCAAUCCGGUAAACUAUCCGGAAUAUUUGGAAGAAACCGACGAAGCAUUACGCAAACUGGCUCGAAGACUGAGUCAAACAACGAACAGCAACAGCUCUCAACAGCUGGAUAACUCAUCCGUAAGUUCGUUGAACGUACGAUCCAAGCGGCAGAUUCUGAACAUGGACAUGGAGUUACCGAGCGAUGUGAAGCUGUUUUCGGGAUUCGUGUUCCGAUCUGCACCUCACCGACAUCGAAGCAGCAAGUGGUACAUAUCUCUGCAGGAGUAUCCGUGGGAUAUGUGGCCUACCUAUGUGACGGCAGGAGCCUUUCUGCUGUCCCACGAGGCUCUCUUCGAGAUGUACUACGUUAGCAUGUACACUAAGCAUUUCAGAUUCGACGACAUUUAUUUGGGAAUCGUCUCCUUGAAGGCCGGAAUCGAGCCACUGCAUUCGGAGGAAUUCUACUUCCACAAAGCUCCCUUUUUGGGACCACAGAGCUACAAAUACGUACUGGCUUCGCACGGCUAUGAUGACCCGGAGGAACUGGUAAAAAUCUGGAACGAAGUUCGCGCAGCUGGCUAUGCUUAGAGGUUAAUCGUAAACCGUCGUAUAAAACAAAGGCUAAUGAGAAUUGAAUAUCCGCAUAUUCUGUAGUCAACCAACGAAAAAUUUAUUCUAUUGUAUAAUGAAUAGACUUUGAACACGUUUUCUCGUAUAAUUUAAUCGCUGGUAAGAAUUCAUCGUAGUAAGAAGCUACUAGUUCGGAGGUCAGUUUUUAGACUUCUUGUAGACUGAUGUGUGAUAUACAAGUUCAAUAACGAAUACAUUUACUAGAUGGCCAUUAAAUUAUUUUUUGUACAUUAUCUACUAAGAUUCAAGACAUUAAUUAAACUUA